CGAACGAUCCCUGGUUCUAAUUGCCCUGGGACCACGGUCCACACCGAGAGCGAUAGGGGCUAGGGCUAGGGUUUGGAAGGGGCCGAUAGAAAGAGAGGAGAAGAAGAACGGGGAAGCGAAGGGCGAAGGUCAGCGAAGAUGAUCGAGGUGGUGCUGAACGAUCGGCUGGGGAAGAAGGUGCGGGUGAAGUGCAACGAGGAUGACACGAUCGGCGAUCUCAAGAAGCUGGUGGCGGCGCAGACGGGGACGAGGGCCGACAAGAUCCGCAUCCAGAAGUGGUACACCAUGUACAAGGACCACAUCACCCUCCGCGAUUACGAGAUCCACGACGGCAUGGGCCUCGAGCUCUACUACAACUAAUCUAAGGUUGGCUGGUUGAUCAAAAUGCAUGCAGGUGUGGCCUGCGGUACAACAAUUAGAUAUGAAUAAAUGUGUGUAGUUUAAUAAAUGACAGAGCUAUGAUAUUAGUAACAGUGACUGAUGGGAACUUCAGUGUGUAAAUUCAAUCUGGAAAUAUACUGCUGUUAAACAUAUGAUCAAUAUCUAGUUUGUUUGUGGACAUGGAAGUGGAUGGUAGUGUUUCUGGACA